GUAACGGCCCGGUUCCUGGCCCAUAAAAAUUUCCCAAAGAAUAUGGGCUUCUCUACGGCCCAUUUGGCAAAACCCUAGGGCUUCCCCUUCCCUUUACUAUAAAAAGAGAUGCAGUCUCCCUUCCUGCCUCAUCACAAAUCUGAAGCGAAGCUCUGCAGAGAAUUCCCGGAGGUCGAAAACCCUAGCCGUCGAGCUCUCUCUCCUUCUCUCCUGCGCCGCCUCUCUCUCUCCUCUCUCUCUCUCCCGCGCGUCGCUCUCUCUCUCUCUCCUCGCCGUCACCCUCUCUCUCUCCUUGCCGUCGCACGCUCUCUCUCUCUCUCCCUCUCGCCGGCGCCGUGAAGUGGUGGUGCUGACCAGAUCUCAACCUUCUCAAUCCUCGUUUCCAGAUCCAGAUCCAGAUCUAAGACUAAGGAUGUUUUCGCUUGACCAUUACGAGUGGAGGAUGCCGCGUAUGCACUACGGACGGAGGAACACCAGGGAGUACGCCCAAAGGCGUCACUACGACAGGGAGGGUAACUUGGUGCUACCCAUGUUUCCGGAUCCUGAAGAACAGUACAAGGAGUUUCCAUUCAGGUACCCGCACGAGCAGACUGUGAAGCAUAAGGUGUUGAUGCCACAUUUCCAGAGGAUGGCUAUGGAGGAACGCCUACUGCAGGGCAAUGCGAGGUUCCAGCUGGCAACCGAAGAGGGACCCCCGAGGAAGCGUGGCCGUCCAUGCAAGACGCCAAGUGCAGCAGGGGGACCCUCAAGGGUGUUCACCGGGAAGUGCCAGUGUGGAGUGCUGAGCAAGAAUGCUCAGGAGGACCGAUCAGUCGCUGGAUACACGGAGGACUUCAUCAACCAAGCCAAGCUGUGCAAACCAAAGAAUGCAGAGACGUGGUGCAUAUGGUAUAAGAACGGGCUACGCAAGGAACUCCAGGCGCAGUUGAGGGGUGUUUUGGAGCCCUUGGAGUUCGCGCUAGUGAGGCGGAUGGCAGGCUUCGCCAUGGAGGCAGAAGAGAAGAUUGCAGCCGAUGUGGCCGCUCUCUCGAGCAUGGAAGGAGGAAACCCAGGUAGGGACGUUGAUGGCCAUGAGGUGCCGGUAGGGGCACCCGCUAAGGGAAAGCGGGGGCGUCCGCGAAAACUACCUACAGUGACAUGUGAUUGUGACGUACUGGUCCAGAUGGUUCAGAAGCCACGCAAGGUGAGAGAUUACCUGGAGGAGUUCUUGGAUACGGCCAAGAUGUGUCAACCGAAGCCAGCUGAGGAGUGGUGUCAUCUGUUUAGGGCUGGGCUACGUGGGGAUAUUCGUGAAGAACUCGUGGGAGUCCUGGAGCCUCUGGAAUUUGCACUGGUGAGAAGGAUGGCUAACCAAGCACUGCAUGCGGAGGAGUGGUUGGCGGAAAAGGAGGCGGAGGCCGAGGAUGACCGCGUCGCAGAGGGCGAGGAAGACCUGGGAUCCGAGUCCCGCUGCCCCUCGCCAUGUCAAUGUGGCUAGACGAGAUCCUAGGGACGAUUCGUAGGAGUAGGACACGUGUUCCGCUAUUGGUUUUAUUUCAUUUAUUGGUUAUUGGGGUUGGUGUUUUUCCCCUUAUUUACGGCAUUCUGUAUUUGUGCAGAUGUGCUGAGUUUUCUUUUACAAACUAUUGUAGUCCUACUCCUUUUAUUAUUUAUGACAUUCCUUCGUUGGUUUUAAAGAUUCCAGUAGAGUUAUCGUGUCAUGUAUGCCUCCCUUGAUUGUUGUGUGAAUGUGUGAAUCCAUUUUGGUAACGAACGAUUGGUCUGAAAGAUGUGGGCUUUGGAAUUCGGGGACGAAUUCCGAUUAACGGGGGAGGAUUGUAACGGCCCGGUUCCUGGCCCAUAAAAAUUUCCCAAAGAAUAUGGGCUUCUCUACGGCCCAUUUGGCAAAACCCUAGGGCUUCCCCUUCCCUUUACUAUAAAAAGAGAUGCAGUCUCCCUUCCUGCCUCAUCACAAAUCUGAAGCGAAGCUCUGCAGAGAAUUCCCGGAGGUCGAAAACCCUAGCCGUCGAGCUCUCUCUCCUUCUCUCCUGCGCCGCCUCUCUCUCUCCUCUCUCUCUCUCCCGCGCGUCGCUCUCUCUCUCUCUCCUCGCCGUCACCCUCUCUCUCUCCUUGCCGUCGCACGCUCUCUCUCUCUCUCCCUCUCACCGGCGCCGUGAAGUGGUGGUGCUGACCAGAUCUCAACCUUCUCAAUCCUCGUUUCCAGAUCCAGAUCCAGAUCUAAGACUAAGGUGGAGUGUUUCGAACCCAACCUUCUUUCAUGGUUCUGUAUACUCCUAUAUGUUGGAGUUGGGUUGAUUAGACCCUGUUUGGGAGUUAGGUUGAUAGUACAUGGUAUUGCUAGGAUGAUAGAGGAAUGAAUCAUGAUGCAUAAGAACCCUCAUAUUGAUAAAUGGGACU